AUGGCUCGAACAAAGCAGACAGCGCGCAAGUCGACCGGCGGCAAGGCGCCGCGCAAGCAACUGGCCACUAAGGCUGCCCGCAAGAGCGCUCCGGCCACUGGCGGCGUCAAGAAGCCCCACCGCUACCGGCCUGGCACCGUGGCGCUGCGCGAGAUUCGGCGCUACCAGAAGUCCACCGAGCUCUUGAUCCGCAAGCUGCCGUUCCAGAGAUUGGUUCGCGAGAUCGCGCAGGACUUCAAGACAGACCUUCGUUUCCAGAGCUCCGCUGUUAUGGCGCUGCAGGAGGCUUGUGAGGCAUACUUGGUGGGGCUCUUUGAGGACACCAACCUAUGCGCCAUCCAUGCCAAGCGUGUCACCAUUAUGCCCAAGGACAUCCAGUUGGCCCGCCGCAUUCGCGGGGAGAGGAUCCUCAGUAGCACCAGCCACAUUUUAAAUGCUCAGUACCAACACAUGGCUCUUGACUACCAUAUUGGACUAUGUAAUCCUAAAAGGGAGAUUAUAGUUGGGGUGAUGGACACAGCUGGAGGAAAGGGCCUGGGGAAGGGCGGUGCCAAACGCCACCGCAAGGUUUUGCGGGACAACAUUCAGGGAAUUACUAAGCCCGCCAUCAGGCGUCUGGCCCGGCGUGGGGGCGUAAAGCGCAUCUCUGGCCUCAUAUACGAAGAAACCCGGGGGGUGCUGAAGGUUUUCUUGGAGAACGUGAUCCGUGACGCAGUCACCUACACAGAACACGCCAAGCGCAAGACUGUUACAGCCAUGGACUCCAAUCUAAUUAAGGAUAUCAUGUUUGGUAAAGUGGAGGAGGAUCAGCGAAAAAGCGGAAGACCCUCUAUGGCUCGCACGAAGCAGACUGCGCGGAAGUCUACCGGCGGCAAGGCCCCGCGCAAGCAGCUAGCUACUAAGGCCGCCCGUAAGAGCGCGCCAGCCACAGGCGGCGUGAAGAAGCCUCAUCGCUACCGCCCAGGCACCGUUGCGCUGCGAGAGAUCCGGCGCUACCAGAAAUCGACAGAGCUGCUGAUCCGCAAGCUGCCGUUCCAGCGGCUGGUGCGCGAGAUCGCGCAGGACUUCAAAACGGACCUGCGCUUUCAGAGCUCGGCUGUGAUGGCCCUGCAGGAGGCGUGCGAGGCCUACCUGGUGGGCCUCUUCGAGGACACCAAUCUGUGCGCCAUCCACGCCAAGCGCGUGACCAUCAUGCCCAAGGACAUCCAGUUGGCCCGCCGCAUACGCGGAGAGAGGGCGUAA